AAUAGUUUACUUAUUUUUCAGAUUGUUCAAGUUUUCCUUUUUCAUAGUAUUGCAGAAAGAAUAGUAGUGAAGUACGGGUGACAAACCAAUGAGUGGUCGGUCGAGAAACUUGAACUCCGUUUUCUAUUCGAAUUCCUAUCAUCCAAUUCAAGCUGGAAGCAUCGACGGCACCGAUAUUGUUCCUCACGACAAUGCCAUUCUUCGUGCUCAACUCUGUUCUUCUAUUGGCCUUUAUGACCCAUUUGGUGAUCCUAAGGCAACUGGUGACCCUUAUUGUACCCUUUUUGUGGGUCGUCUCUCUCGACUCACCACCGAAGAUACUCUCCACAAGGUUAUGAGUGAGUUUGGUCGGGUGAAGAACUUGCGAUUGGUGAGGGACAUUGUGACAGGAGCUUCACGUGGUUAUGCAUUUAUUGAAUUUGAAGCUGAAAGGGAGAUGCGACGGGCAUAUAUGGAUGCUCAUCAUUUGAUUGUUGAUGAUUGUGAAAUCAUAGUUGAUUAUAAUAGACAACAGCUCAUGCCCGGAUGGAUUCCUAGAAGGUUAGGUGGUGGUCUUAGUGGUAAUAAGGAAUCAGGACAACUUCGUUUUGGGGGAAGAGAAAAACCAUUUCGUGCACCCUUGAAACCAAUUCCAUAUGAGGAGUUGAAGAAGCUUGGUAUCCCACCUCCACCCGAGGGAAGAUACAUGUCACGUUUUCAGGUUCCAUCCCCGCCUAGAAGAGAAAGGAACCUCUCAGAUAGGGAAGAAGAAUCUGAUAGAAGAAGUUCUAGCGACAAGAACAUGAAAAAAGACUCAGAGAUGGACAACCCCAAAAGGAGUUCAAGUCACCGAGGAGACUAUUCAUAUGGAAGGAGCUCUUCGGAGAGAAGUGAUCAUUACCAUGACAGGAGCUCUUCACAGAGGAGUGAUCGUUACCAUGACAGGAGCUCUUCGGAGAGGAGUGAUCGUUACCAUGAUAGGAGCUCUUCGGAAAGGAGUGAUCGUAAUCAUGACAGGAGCUCUCCGGAGAGGAGUGAUCGUAAUCAUGACAGGAACUCUUUGGAGAGGAGUGACCGUAAUCGUGACAGGAGCUCUUUGGAGAGGAGUGAUCAUUACCGUGACAGGAGCUCUUUGGAGAGGAGUGAUCGUAAUCAUGACAGGAGCUCUUCAGGGAAGAGUGAUCGUUACCAUGACAGGAGCUCAGCAGAGAAAGAACGUCGGCAUAUGAGUUCAACCGAAACAGAUAAACAAUCACGUAAAAGAAAAGAAAGAGGUGAACACUCUCGCAGGCUCGAAAAAUAUAGUCGCUAUUCCCCUCGUAAGGACUAGAGGAUGAACAUGACGCCAGUGCAUGCAGGUUCAUGCAUAGUUUCAAGACCACUUGAUCUUUUAUACCAAGCAUUUGCGUUGCGGUUAAACAAGUUAGUAUAGCGGAACACCAUUGACAGGUUGUUCCUUGAGGUAUAUAUUAUGCAAAUCACUAUCUUUUUUGUUUCUGUUUUUCAUUGUUUCUGGUAGAUGAAAGUAAGCGAUGAAACAAACAUUCCAAUAUAUAGGACCGUUGUUCUUUCUGUUCA